UGGCGGAAAGGAAAGUACAGGGGAAAAAUGCAGAGCUGGAGUCGUAUGUACUGCGCCCUGGCCAAGAGAGGCCAUUUCGGCCGAAUAUCUCACGGCCUUCCGGGAGUUUCUGCACUGCCUCUGAGAACAUAUGCAGAUCAACCAAUUGAUGCUGAUGUAACAGUGAUUGGUUCUGGUCCUGGAGGAUAUGUUGCUGCUAUUAAAGCUGCCCAGUUAGGCUUCAAGACAGUCUGCAUUGAGAAAAAUGAAACACUUGGUGGAACAUGCUUGAAUGUUGGUUGCAUUCCUUCUAAGGAGUGCCUGUGUGUGGUACAAACAGUGUCUGAAGUUCGCUUGAAUUUAGAGAAGAUGAUGGAACAGAAGAGUACUGCAGUGAAAGCUUUGACAGGCGGAAUUGCCCACUUAUUUAAACAGAAUAAGGUUGUUCACGUAAAUGGAUACGGGAAGAUAACUGGCAAAAACCAGGUCACUGCUUCUAAGGGUGAUGGGAGCACUCAAGUUAUCGACACAAAGAACAUUCUCAUAGCUACAGGCUCAGAAGUUACUCCCUUUCCUGGAAUCACGAUUGAUGAAGAUACAAUAGUGUCAUCUACAGGUGCUUUGUCUUUAAAAAAAGUUCCAGAGAAGAUGGUUGUUAUUGGUGCAGGAGUAAUAGGUGUAGAAUUGGGUUCAGUUUGGCAAAGACUUGGUGCUGAUGUGACAGCAGUUGAGUUUUUGGGUCAUGUUGGUGGAAUUGGAAUUGAUAUGGAGAUAUCUAAAAACUUUCAGCGUAUCCUUCAAAAACAGGGAUUUAAAUUUAAAUUGAAUACAAAGGUUACUGGUGCUACCAAGAAGUCGGAUGGAAAAAUUGAUGUUUCUAUUGAAGCUGCUUCUGGUGGGAAAGCAGAAGUUAUCACUUGUGAUGUACUCUUGGUUUGCAUUGGCCGACGACCCUUUACUCAGAAUUUGGGACUGGAAGAACUUGGAAUUGAACUAGAUCCCAGAGGCAGAAUUCCAGUGAAUACCAGAUUCCAAACUAAAAUUCCAAAUAUCUAUGCUAUUGGUGAUGUGGUUGCUGGUCCAAUGCUGGCUCACAAAGCAGAGGAUGAAGGUAUUAUCUGUGUUGAAGGAAUGGCUGGUGGUGCUGUGCACAUUGACUACAACUGUGUGCCAUCAGUGAUCUACACACACCCUGAAGUUGCUUGGGUUGGCAAAUCAGAAGAGCAGUUGAAAGAAGAGGGGAUUGAGUACAAAGUGGGGAAAUUUCCAUUUGCUGCCAACAGCAGAGCUAAGACAAAUGCUGACACAGAUGGCAUGGUGAAGAUUCUUGGGCAGAAAGCAACGGACAGAGUAUUGGGAGCACAUAUUCUAGGACCAGGUGCUGGAGAAAUGGUAAAUGAAGCUGCUCUUGCUUUGGAAUAUGGAGCAUCCUGUGAAGAUAUAGCAAGAGUCUGUCACGCUCAUCCGACUUUAUCAGAAGCUUUUAGAGAAGCAAACCUGGCUGCAUCAUUUGGCAAAUCAAUCAACUUUUAA